UUUCUUUCUUGCUCCGACCAUCAUAUCAUAAGCAAUUCAGCUCCUCUUCUCCAGCAGAUGGACUCCCGGCGAAAUCCGUUUCCUCUCUCCUCCGUAUAAGUAGAGACCCACCACCUAAAAUUUCAACCACUCUCCUCUCAUUUUCAUUUCCCCCUCCCUCUCCGACCGCCCGCCCGCCCUCACUGCUUCCUGCUGCUGCUCCUACGGUUUGAUCCUCCGCCGCUAGGGCUUCGAUCGCUCUCCGAUCGGCAAUGGCUUUCGAGGCGAAGAAGCUCAUCAACGACCCAAACAAUGCAGUGACCGAGUACAUCGAAGGCCUGAUGGAGACAUAUCCGGGGUUGCAGUAUCUGGACGGCUUUCCCGAGGUUGAUUACGGCUUAUAUGUUAUUUGGCCUUUCUGUCCUGUGCAUGGAGUAGUUUUUAUCUGCUCUGAUGCAUCCUUCUCUCUCACUAUUGGUCAGGUGAAAGUUGUCCUGCGCGCUGAUGCCGCAGGCGGCGAUUAUAGUAAAGUAGCAGUGAUAUCAGGAGGUGGGAGUGGACAUGAACCUGCCCAAGCUGGUUAUGUCGGUGAGGGAAUGCUUACUGCAGCAAUAUGUGGAGAUAUUUUUGCUUCUCCACCUGUUGAUUCUAUUCUAGCGGGCAUACGAGCUGUUACCGGUCCUAUGGGGUGCCUUCUUAUUGUUACGAAUUACACAGGUGAUCGUUUAUACUUUGGUCUGGCUGCUGAGCAAGCUAAAUCAGAAGGCUAUAAAGUAGAAACUGUCAUUGUUGGAGAUGAUUGUGCUUUACCUCCUCGUCGAGGUAUUGUUGGACGAAGAGGGCUAGCAGGGACAAUUCUUGUAAAUAAGAUUGCUGGGGCUGCUGCUGAGGCAGGUCUUCCUCUUUCUGAUGUUGCUGCUGAAGCAAAGCGUGCUUCUGAACUGGUUGGAACAAUGGGGGUUGCUUUAUCAGUUUGUACUCUACCUGGGCAAGUCACCUCCGAUCGUCUGGGUCCUGGAAAGAUGGAACUCGGUCUGGGAAUUCACGGAGAACCUGGCGCUGCUGUGGCCGACUUUCAGCCUGUGGACAUUAUAGUUUCCCAUGUUCUUAAAGAAAUUCUGUCAACUGAAACUGGUUAUGUUCCAAUUAAACGGGGUAAUAGGGUGGUCGUCAUGGUAAAUGGGUUAGGUGCCACUCCAAUGAUGGAGUUGAUGAUCACAUGUGGAAAGGUAGUUCCAAGGCUGCAGCUAGAGCAUGGACUGGCGGUUGACAGAGUGUACACGGGCUCUUUCAUGACUUCCCUUGAUAUGUCAGGUUUCUCAAUUACCGUCAUGAAGUCGGAUCAAGCAAUUCUGCAACGAUUGGAUGCUCCUACUAAGGCCCCUCACUGGCCUGUUGCUGUUGAUGGUACUAAAAGCAAUCGCCCACCUGCAAAGAUUCCCAUCCCAAUGCCAGCAUCUCGUGUAACAAAGAGUGACGAGUCAUUGAGUCGCCCAACACAAUUAACUCCUGAGGGCCAUAUACUGGAGGUGGCUAUAGAAGCAGCUGCAAAUGCAAUUAUAAAUAUCAAGGACGACUUGAAUGAAUGGGAUGGAAAAGUUGGAGAUGGUGAUUGUGGAUCGACGAUGCACAAGGGGGCAAUGGCAGUCCUUGAGGACAUGAAAAAGUAUUAUCCACUGAAUGAUGCUGCUGAGACGAUAAAUGAAAUUGGGUUGUCCAUCAAGAGAGUAAUGGGCGGUACCAGCGGGAUAAUAUAUCUCAUAUUCUGCAAGGCAGCAUACGCUCAACUGAAAGCAAGUGCCCAAGUCACAGCAAAAGAAUGGCUGGAAGCACUCGAAGCCGCAAUUGCCGCAGUCAGUAAAUAUGGAGGUGCUAGUGCUGGAUAUCGCACGCUGUUAGAUGCUCUUAUCCCGGCAUCAGAAGUCCUGAAAGAGAGGUUGAAUGCUGGAGAUGAUCCGUCGGCUGCUUUUGCUCUCUCAUCAGAAGCAGCAUUGGCAGGAGCAGAAUCCACCCAACAUAUGCAGGCACAGGCAGGCCGUUCGACCUAUGUCUCAGAAGAGGCACUUGCGACUGCGCCGGACCCUGGUGCGAUGGCUGCAGCCUCAUGGUACAGAGCAGUGGCCUUGGCUGUGAAGGACAAUUGCUCAGCACCCUAAACGAGCUGUAAAAUGCACUUACUUCACCCCAAGGCUAUAAAUUUUUUGUGUCCGACUCCGUACACCGUUCCCAGUACUUGUCUAACCAUUUUGCUUUCCGCUUAUGCAUCUUCUAAAUGCAUAAAGCCGAGAGAGCCAGUUUUCUCCCCUCCCAACCUCGAUUGCUUGAAUUUUUCCUUUUUAACAUAAUUUGUACAUCUAAACGGGCUGAGAAUAAUGACAGUGGAUUGUAAGGCAUAAAGUUUUUCAAGCGGAGUUUAUACAUGUUUCA